CAAAGUACUUGGCAUUUGUAUGCAAUAGAAUUCGAAUUCGGCGAGGUAGCCGUUGCAGAACUUUGGACCCAUUCUUCUUCCAGCCGCUUGAGCAUCGAAGCACCCGACAGCGCCAUGAACUCGUUCAAGAAGGAGCACCCGUUCGAGAAGCGACAAGCAGAGGCCCAGCGCAUCCGCUCCAAGUACCCUGACCGUAUCCCGGUCAUUUGCGAGAAGGCCGACCGCAGCGACAUCCCCGACAUUGACAAGAAGAAGUACCUCGUGCCCGCGGACCUGACGGUGGGUCAGUUUGUGUACGUGAUCCGCAAGCGCAUCAAGCUCUCGCCCGAGAAGGCCAUCUUCAUCUUCAUCAACAACGUGCUGCCGCCGACGGCGGCGCUCAUGUCGAAUAUUUAUGAAGAGCAGAAGGACACGGACGGCUUUCUCUACAUUACGUACAGCGGCGAGAACACGUUUGGCGCCGACGACGAUGAGAUGUAGACCACGCGAGUCGCGAGGUUAUAUAUAUCUUGUCUUAAUCCCACUGAAUACACGUCGUGCAUCCCUUCACUCGGUGAACGUGCACGCCUGCAGGCCUUUCCCGA